CUUAAAAGUUCGUCGUGUUGUGUAAGUCACUGAUAGUGAUAAGUUCGGUUCCCAUUCUAAUAAACAAUUGUUUGCUGUUUACGUGUUUUUAGAAAAAUACCGGUAAUAUGCCUGCUAAUGAAAAGGAUCAGCCAAAACGCCAAGGUAAAACACCUUAUCAAGGCAAGAAAAGAUGUUUUGGUCAUUACAAAUGUCCACAGUGCAAUAAAAACUGGAUGUCAGCUUAUUCUUGGGCUAAUAUGGGACAGGAAUGUAUGGAAUGUCGUAUUAACGUAUUUCCUUUCCUUCAAAGACCUUUAAAAAAGCGCAGUCGUCCUGCCGUUUUUGAUAAGGAUAAAAGUCAUAAGAAAGAGCUGUGCGAUAAAUGUAAACAACUAGGACAUAGUUGCGUCAGAAUAAGGAGCCCUUAAAAUAUUGUUUUGUUUGAUUUUUAGUUUUGCAUUGUUUGGUUUUAGUUCUGCUUUUUUAUUAUAAAUGAAAUAAUGUUUUUCAUGAAAUGA